UAAUAGUCUUUUAUCCUCUUGGGUUGUUGACCAUUCAGGCACUUAAGGCAUGCUCUCCUCUGUUUUACUGCUGCUUCAGCUUUGGAGUGCAGGAAUGGGGUUUUCUCUUUUGACGUUCUUAUUGACCGUGAAACCAGCCUCCUUAUUCGAGUUUGUCGGCAAGCUGAAACUGAAGGUCUGCCUAGUAUCAUGGAACUCGAAAAGCCCUUGAGCUCUGAUACUGUUCCGGUCAUAAUUUUCUUCCAUGGUGGGAGCUUUGUGCACUCCUCUUCAGAUAGUGCCAUUUACGACACUCUUUGUCGCCGCCUAGUGGGCAUUUGUAAGGCUGUUGUGGUAUCAGUGAAUUAUCGACGAGCACCUGAAAACCGUUACCCUUGUGCCUAUGGUGAUGGCUGGGCUGCUGUUAAGUGGGUUAGUUCAAAGCCAUGGCUUCAAAGUCGAAAGGAUUCAAAAGUUCAUAUUUACUUGGCUGGUGAUAGUUCUGGUGGUAAUAUUGUUCACAAUGUUGCUGUAAGAUCCAUAGAAUCAGGCAUUGAAUUAAUGGGGAAUAUACUUCUCAACCCAUUGUUUAGUGGGCAGAAAAGAACUGAAUCGGAGAAACGAUUAGAUGGAAAAUAUUUUGUCAAAAUUCAAGAACGCGACUGGUACUGGAGAGCAUUUCUUCCUGAAGGAGAAGACAGGGACCAUCCAGCAUGUAAUCCAUUUGGUCCCAAUGGUAUAAGCCUUGAAGUCAUCAAGUUCCCGAAGAGUCUUGUUGUGGUGGCUGGUUUAGAUCUUAUUCAGGACUGGCAAUUGGGUUAUGCUGAGGGGCUAAGGAGGAACGGCCAAGACGUGAAGCUGCUAUAUUUGGAACAAGCAACUAUUGGGUUCUACUUGUUACCUAACAAUGAACACUUCUACAUUGUUAUGGAUGAGAUACGUAAUUUUGUUAAUCCUGAACAGUCAAUAAAUGUUACUUACUGACAGGGCAGCAAUACUUAAGAAGCUUGACAUUACGCCUCGUGGGUUAUCUUCAUCAGAAGGGCUUUGUUUGCUGUUUGUAAGAUUAAUUAGUACUACUGCUUAACUGUUUAGUUGGCUGUGUUAGUGUUACUGUUAUUCUGCUCCAUUGGGUCUGGUUCAUCUUCGGUGAGAGAUGGCUGGGCUGGGUUUGGUUGUUUGUUGAAGAAGGCAAGCGGUUCAACAUGUAGCUGGAUUGGGAGGCUCUGUUUCUUUUGCCACUUGGGUUUUUGGAACUUGAAUGAUAUGGUGUUAUGUAACUAGUUAUAUAGGCCGGCAAAGCCGUUAAGUUUAGCAGAUCCACCAAUUCAAAAUUACCCACCUGUCUGACUGUUGAUGACAGAAGAUAGCAAAACAAAUGUGUGGGGGAAAUGUUUGGUGGCCAAUCAAUCUGAGGUCGGUG